UUCAUGGACACUGUGGGACAGAGAUGAUUCCUGAACUUACACUCGUCCUCUUUGCGUUAGGACUCUUCCAGACAGGUCUAACAUCUGUAAUCCAGUCUGUGGAGACUGUGGAGGAGGCAGUGGGAGAAGAUGCUCUCCUCAGCUGUCAGAUCCUACUGUCUGAACAUGUGGUGCAUGUCACAUGGCAGAAACAGACUCAGGAUGGGGAGAUCAAUCUCAACAAUAUCUUUGGCUCCACGGUGAUCUCAGACUUUAUAGGCAAAGUGGAGGUGAAAGAUGGUGGACUACACAACAGCUCCAUAGCGAUCAAGAAUGUGACGGAGGAGGAUGAGGGCUGCUACCUCUGCCUCUUCUUCACCAACCCUGCUGGAGCGCUCACUGGCAGAACCUGCCUCAAGGUCUAUGAGCUGCAUGAACUCGUUCUACACGUGAGAGAAUCAAAUUCCACUGAUGAGUUCCUGGUUUCCUGCUCCGCCACAGGACGACCUGCUCCAACCGUAACUCUCAACCUCACACAGCAAGACUUCUACCUCUCACAGAACCAAACUGUGGUGAUCAACACAAACGGUACAGUCACUGUCACUGCCACAGCCACAGCCACAGCCGUGUUGGCAGGUUUCCAUGACGCUGGCACACGGGUUGGAUGUGCCGUGCAGGUGCUCUCCUGUCGCAAAGAGGCGUUUGUGGAGAUUCCUGAUUUGAAAGUGACGCCUACUAGUGGUUUGGAUGAAGGAUCUGGAUCUGCUAGCAGAAGCUUCAUCGGGACGUGGAUUGUGGUAGUGACCUUCCUUUGCACUGCUUCAGCUUUAGCUGUCCUGUUAAUACGAAAACUAAGGAGCAGAUCCUUCAGACUGUCACACAGAGACCAGGAGAAGACUGAUGUUCCUCAAACUGCAGACGCUGACACGAUCCAAGUGGCUUUGUCCACACUAGAGAAGAGUUCGGUCAGAAAACGGUCACCUCCUUUGGAAUCCAAGCAGAGAAAAGAGACAGACCCUGAGUCGCCUUCAACAGUCAGAAGUCUUCAAUUCUAGCUCGUAGGUGGACCUCACUUCUCCACUGAAAGUCCAAUGUUAUCUACUGAGGCGGAGCUUUUUCAUCCAGAGAUAUUUCAUUUUUCCAUCUGUUGCGUGUUAGAAGCAUCUCCGACCCUCUACUCAUUUGUUUUGAACCCAGCGAGGGAUCCCCAGACUUUCUGCAGUCUUUACACUAGGGGGCAAAAAAAUGUAGCUGCUUUCAGACAUGCACUGAACUUCAAAGAUCCUCCAGACAGCUUCAACGACUACAAUGAGUCACAUGAUAAGGUCGACUAGACGUGUGGGACUUUGUGUGUUUCUAUUGUGUGUCAAUUUCACAUUGUUCUUGGAAGUUUGUGGCAACUAAUUUUAAAUUGUUAAAACUUGUCAUUCUUAUUUUAAAAUGACAUAAUGUUGAACAGUGCCUUGUUUUCUUACAGUAGUUUUAAAUGCUGAGGGGAGAGGGAUAUUUAUAUAUUGUGGCUGAUGUUUUUCUACUUAUUUAGUUUCAGACAUGCACUGAACUUCAAAGAUCCUCCAGACAGCUUCAACCACUACAAUGAGUCACAUGAUAAGGUCGACUAGACGUGUGGGACUUUGUGUGUUUCUAUUGUGGAGAGCAGAAGUGUAGUGACUAGGUUCUCUUCACUUUAAUGUGUUGUUCUGGUGUUGUAAGGGUUUGUACGUGUUUUUUAUUUACUGAUAUCUAGAUAGUUUCUGUUCCUUUUUGACAUUUGUCAUUGUGUAUUUAUUUUUCAGUAUUCCUGUUUCUUUGUAUGAAUACAAAGAACCAUGAAUGAGUGCGAUACAAGAAGAGAGAGUGGAGUCAGCCGAGGUCUUACUUGAUUCUUGAUAAGUGUCAAUUUCAUGUUGUUUUUGGAAGUUUGUGGCAGCUAAUGUUAACCUUUGUGUCGUG